AUGAAAAAUAAUUUCAAUGAAGAGCAUAAGCACAAAAAACAUGCACUAACUGAAUUGAAUGAACAGUUGCGUCUUCUUGUUGGUCGUGCUCAACAAUUGGAAUUACAAAACGAAAAAUAUACUGCAGAACUGGCUAAAUUGCGACGAAAAUCGUUCAUUAUUAGUACAACUGGUACACAAAAUGAUGAACGUAAUCGUAUACAGGCUGAUCUUAUGACAGUUAAUUACGAGAAAGUUUGCUACGAGUCGAAUAUCGAACGUUGUCAACUACAACUUGGAAUGUAUGAGCAAUCGAUCCUAGCAGAAAAGCAAUGGAUUGAUGAAAAACGAUUGAAAUUAGAACAAGAAUUGAUUGAAUCUGCAUCUACUCUAGCUAAAUUAUGUACAUCGUAUGCAGAAGUGUCAAAGAAACUUGGAACUUCUCGUGCAGCGUGUGAAGAUACAUUUCAACAGUAUAUAAGAGUGACCAAUGAUUGGUCUUUUUCCAAGGUAAAAACAAAUGAAUCGAAGAUCACUGUACAAAUGGUCAAGAGUCAAGCUGAAUUUCGCAAGACUUUAUAUUCCAAAUUCGAUGUAUUUUCAAUGGAAAUGUCCGAUUUCGCUGAAUUUUGGACACAUGAAUGGGAAGACAUUAUCAAGAAAAUACGCCAUGAUUUCGAACAAAUAUAUGCAACAAUUCAUCGUGAAGUAAGUUGUUAUUAUGAAAAGAAAAACAAGGAACUACAGAUCGAAGCAGAACAAGUCGUGCGCUAUCAACAAGUUGAAAUGGAAGAAAUUUUAAGGAUUCAACAGAGACUUCAGAGCGAAUAUGAAAAAGUACAAAGGGAACAUUCCUAUGAAAAAGAAAUUCUACUGAAAACCGAAGCAACUUAUUCUAAAUUAGAAUCCGAAUUCCAAGCCAUUCAAAUUCAACAUGAGGAACGAUUCGAAGCACAGUCAAAGGAUCUGCAUUAUUUACAGGAAAGCAUUAUGACUAUGAUGACAACUACAGAAUCUUCGAAAUUUGAUGAUAAUGAUAUUAAUGAUGAUGAUUUACUUGCUGCUUGUGACGAUGUUCCUUUGAAAAAAUCUGAUCCAAUUAUUCCGAUAGUCGAAGUAGCUUCAUUCGGAUUUCCAUUCGAACCAUAUCAAAUUCAAAUUGAUUUUAUGCGUAGUCUUUAUUCAACUAUUCAACAACGUAAACAUGGUAUUUUCGAAUCACCUACGGGCACUGGUAAAAGUUUGAGUUUAAUAUGUGGUUCGCUUCGAUGGUUAUUUGAUGAAAUACAAUCAUGGAAAGAUGAAUACGAAGAAUUAUUAAAACCAAUUGAAACUAAAAAUGAAACGAGUUCGGAUAAUUGGUUAAAACGGUUAAUGAAACGCAAGGAAGAAGAAACCGCAAGAGAAAAACGACGAGAAGAAUUAAAAGUUAAAAUUGAUCUUGAAGAUCAAUAUGCAAAUGCUGCAAAGAAUACAUUGGCAGCUAAUAUCAAGAAAACGAAACGAGAUUUUGAUGCAAAAUAUCGAGAUUUAUUUAAUAGUGAAUUACUUUCAAAAUCUGAUGGUGAUGAUUCAUCUUUAUCAAAAGAUCAAUUUAAAAUCGAUAAUGAUGAUGAAUUAAGUGAUGAAGAAUUAAUUAUAAAAGAUAAUGAUCGUAAAAUAUUAUUUGAUAAUAUUGAUUCACCAACAAAAACUGAUCCAACAGGUUUACGAGAAAAAAAAGUUCAUGUCCAAAAAAUUUUCUUUUGCACCCGUACACAUUCACAAAUAUCGCAAUUUAUUGGUGAAGUUCAAAAAACAAAAUAUGUUGAUCAAUUACGUUUAGUAGCACUUGGAUCACGUCAAAAUUUAUGUAUUAAUGAAUCAGUACUUAAAUUGAAAUCAUUAACAUUAAUUAAUGAAAAAUGUCUUGAUUUACAAAAACAAAAAAAAGAAAAAAAAACAACGAAAGAAAAACGACAAAAAACAGCUUGUGGUUGUUCAUUUCUACAACAUGAUCGAGUUGAAUGUUUAUCUAAUGAUAUUCUUAGUGAUGUACAAGAUAUUGAAGAUGUUGUUAAACUUGGUCGUGAAUUAAAUACAUGUCCUUAUUAUGCAACACGAGCAGCUAUUGCAGCUGCUCAUCUUGUUGUUUUACCUUAUCAAACUUUAAUGCAUAAAUCAACACGAGAAGCAUGUGGAAUUGAAAUGCGUGAUAAUGUUGUAAUUAUUGAUGAAGCACAUAAUUUACCGGAUGCUAUAUGUGCCAUGCACUCAAAUGAAAUAAAUGGAAAUCAAUUAAUUGAUUCCUAUGGUCAAUUAUCACGUUAUCAUGAAAAAUAUAAAGCUCGUUUAACAGCAAAAAAUUUACUUGCAAUUAAACAAUUAUUAGAUGUACAAAUCAAUUUAAUCAAAACACUUUGCUCACAAGAAAAUUUGUCAACAAUAUAUGAUAGUGAAAAAUGGAGUAACCUCGUUGUUUCAUCAAAUAAAACAGAAACUUCCUCAACUUUUGAUUUAAUUGAUUAUUUAUCAGAUGCUGGAAUUUAUGUUAAUCUGUUUCAACUUAUUGAUUAUAUCAAAACAAAUGAAAUAACUAAGAAGUUACAUGGUUUUAUGUCAAAAUAUCCUGUAAAUAAAAAUCACAUAUCAGAAGAAAAGAAAACAAAUGAAAGUGCAUUACAGAAAUUAUUACAAAAACAAGCACAGAAACAAUCACAAUCAAAUGUUCUUGAUGAGGAACAAUUAAAAACGACGGAACAACGAAUCUCGAACUCAUUUGCUAUUUUUGCAAAAUUUCUCGAAGCACUAACAAAUCCACGCGAUGAUGGAAAAAUUAUUCUUAUUAUGAAAGAAACUCUUGGACAAUGUUCAAUCAAAUAUUUUGCUCUUAAAACUUCAUCAUUUUUUCAUGACAUGGUUAAUGAAGCACGUUCGGUUAUUGUUGCUGAUCAUAUCGUUCCAGCAGAUAAUGUACUUGCUAUAGCACUUCCAUCAGGUCCACAAAAUAUUGAAUUUGAAUUUACUGCUGUCAAUCGUUCGAAUACAGCGAUGAUGGAUGAAUUAGGACGUGUUGUUGUAUCACUUUGUUCUACUAUACCAGAUGGUCUGGUAGUUUUUUUUUGUUCAUAUGAUCAUUUACAAAAAACUUAUACAUAUUUUGAAAAAACAUUUGUACUAAAUAAGAUUUUGGCCAAGAAGAAGAUUUUUAUGGAACCAAAACGUUCAAGUGAUGUUGACACUAUUCUUACGAAUUAUACAAAAUCAAUCAAAAGUGGUACAGGUGGUUUACUUUUUUCAAUUGUCGGUGGUAAAAUGAGUGAAGGAAUCAAUUUUUCUGAUGAAUUAGCUCGAUGUGUAUGUAUUGUUGGUAUGCCCUAUCCUAAUAUAGGUUCAGCUGAAAUGGUUGAAAAAAUGCGUUAUUUGGAUUCAAUGAAAUUAAAAUCUACUACAGCUGGAGAAACAGCUGGGAGAGCCUAUUAUGAAAAUACAUGUUGGAAAGCAAUUAAUCAAAGUAUUGGACGAGCUAUUCGACAUCGUGGUGAUUAUGCUUGUCUUCUUUUAAUUGAUAAACGAUAUAGUAAAGCAAAUAUACCAUCGAAAUUACCUCAUUGGUUAGCAAAUAGUUUUCAUCAAAUGAAGAAUUUUAAUGAAACAUCAAACGCACUUCAACAGUUUUUUGUUCGACGUUCGAAUAAGCCAACAUCAUCAUAA